AUGAGAAAUUCGCAAAUAAUUUAAAUAAUAAUUAGGAAGUUUUUGCUGUCCCUAAGGCUAAAAAAACUGAAAAUACAGUCAAUAAUAAUACUUAAAUUAAUGCUUAAGAAUUAAAAGAAAUUAUUUUUAGUGAAGAUUCUUUAAAACAUAUAGAUACUGAGGAAGCCAUAAAUUUAUAAAAAGAAUACGUUUUUAAACCAGAAACUAAGAAAUCAGUCAAAGAUACGAAAAAAGGGACUACAAGUGUUGUUAAUGUAUCAAUGCCAACUGAUAGAUUUAAAGGAAAAAGACAUAAAGAUAUUAUUUAGGAAGAAAAUGAUUUCAAAAAAAUGCUUGAAGAAGAAAAUCUUACUGAAGAAGAAAUUAAAUUAAUGUAGGAAGAAUUAGAAAAAAUAGGACUUUAUAAGGAAGAUUUAGGAGUCGGAUUAUCUGGAUUUGUAUCUGAAUUAUAAGAAAGGGGAAUUUUAUAAGAUGAUAACUUAGUUUUUUCAGGAAGAAACAAAGAUUUGGAUCCCACUGAAGAUGGGACUAUUACGAAAGAAAAUGAAAGGAUUUAAUUAGAAUAUAGGGAUGAAACAGGAAAGAUUAUGA